AUGGCCAGCAAAGUUCCUCCUUCGCUCAAGGCAAUCGGUCAUUACGUGAAAAUCGCCAAUGAGAAUGCCAGCCGCGACCCUGUGAUCUACUACUGGUGUCUAUUUCAUGCAGUUCAAGCCGGUAUGCAGAUCGACAAGUCGUCGCCAGAUGCUUUGAAUUUCCUCACUUCCCUUCUGGGCACCCUCGAGACUAUCAAAAAACAACUCGGAAACAACGAUGCGAUUACGAGCGAGGUGGUCGCGCAAGCCUACAUCGAAAACGUCGCCAUGAAGCUGUUCGACUUUGCUGAUAAGAAAGAAAAGGCUGGGCAAAUUGACAAGAACCUCGUUCAUGCUUUUUACACAGCCGGACAUAUGAUGGAUAUUCUGUCGUUGUUUGGAGAGAUCGACGAGCCCUACGCAUCUGCGAAGAAAUAUGCCAAAUGGAAGAGCACACAGAUUUUUGGUUGCCUAAGGGAUGGAACGCCUUAUGUUCCGAGCACGCAAGAAGAGCGCCCUCCCAGCUUCGACAAUACUGCCACUCACCACUCGAGCUCGGACACCGGAAAUCCCUUCGAGCACACUUAUCCGGGAAGCACUGGAGACUUGCAACAACCCACGUCCAACUACCCACCGCCUCUCCCGCCUCACCCCUCGAGUUAUGGCCACCCAACUCCACCGCCAGCGGCUCCUGCGAGACCGAGCCCUCCAAUGCAGUCGCAUAUCGAUAACAACAGCGAAAAAGUGAUUGGCGGGCCAUCCUUUGAGGAAUGGGAACAAGCUCGCAAAUUCGCCAAGUAUGCCAUCUCUGCGAUCGACUAUGAGGAUGUGAAGUCAACGGCAGACAAUCUACGCAAGGCCCUCGCCGUCCUUGCUAAGCAUGACCAC